AUGAAUAUUUACAUUUAUGGGACCCACAUGUUUGUAUACUUAUAUCACAAGCACAGAAAAUACAAGAAAAAAGUAAGAAAAUCAAUGGCGACUUCAAAGGCGGAUGAAGUAUUUAUCGACUUCAGUGGAAUCGAAACGCGCAAUUCUUUUGUGAGUCAUCUCUCGGCCGCUUUCCGCCGCAGGAGUGUUUCCGUUUGCCUUGGUGGAGACUGCACUGACGUGGUGACGCCGCGGAAAACCAAUGAAGGGUGUAAAGUCUUUGUGGUGGUCUUCUCAGAGGAUUACGCGUUGUCGAAACAGUGCUUAGAUACACUCGUGGAGUUUCUGGAGCGAAAAGAUGAUGGGCUUGUGAUUGUUCCGGUUUACUAUGGUGGCGUCACUGAAUCAAUGGUGAAGCAACAGACGGAGAGAUUCGGUGUAGCCUUUACCCAACAUCAGAAUAACUACUCGUACGACCAGGUAGCCAAAUGGAGAGACUGUCUGAUUCAAACGGCCAGCUUACCAGGUCAUGAAUUAAAUCUUCAACAAGAAGACUCCGAAUUUGUAGAAAAGAUUGUUGCUGAUGUACGUGAAGUGCUGGAUGCAACAGGUAAGAUCGGAAUCUACUCGAGGCUGCUGGAGAUAGAAAAAUUGCUUUGCAAGCAAUCUCUUAAAUUCUAUUACCUAGGGUUAUGGGGUAUGCCUGGCAUAGGCAAGACCACCAUUGCAGAAGCAGCCUUUAAGCAGAUGUCUAAAGACUUUGAUGCUUCGUUCUUUGUGGAAGACUUCCACAAAGAAUAUCAUAAGGGACGUCCGUACAAACUGCGGGAAGAGCAUUUGAAGAAGGUUCCGAAAGGUGGAUCCAUUAGGGGACCAAUCCUCUCAUUCAAAGAGUUACGCGAGAAGAAAGUUCUUUUUGUUCUUGAUGAUGUGCGCAACCUGAUGGAUUUCGAGUCUUUCCUUGGAGGAAUUGAAGGGGUUAGCCCUGGAAGUGUAAUAAUCCUAACAUCCAGAGAUAAACAAGUUCUUCAUCAGUGCCAGGUCGAGGAUGUAUUCGAAGUUCCGAGUCUGAACGAGGAAGAAGCUGUACGGUUAUUCGCCCGGACCGCGUUCCAUAAAGAAGGGCCAAGUGAUGCUAAAUUAAUGGACGUAUCAAAGAAGGUUGCUAGAUAUGCUGGUGGAAAUCCUAAGGCUCUAUGCUUCUAUGGGAGAGAGCUGGAGAAGAAAAAGAAGCCGGAAGAAAUGGAGGAGGAGUUUGAGAAGAUGAGGCAAUGUCCCCCCCAAGAAAUACUCAGUUUAUUCAGAAGCAGCUAUGAUGCACUUAACGACAAUGAGAGAAGUAUAUUCUUGGACAUUGCGUGUUUCUUUAAUGGUGAACCGUGUGACGAUGUAAUGCGAAUACUUGAAGGGUGUGGGUUCUUUCCACACGUUGGGAUUGACCGUCUUGCUGAGCGGUCUCUACUGACGAUCUCAAAGGAAAAAAGAGUGGAGAUGCAAGGUUUUAUUCAAGAUGCUGCCCGUGAAUUCAUCAACCAGACUUCGAGGCGUCGCAGACACUGGGAACCAUCAAGAAUCAGAUUAUUACUAGAAAAUGAUAAAUCUAAGGGGAAUGAAGUUAUUGAAGGGAUUUUUCUUGACACAACAAAAUUAACCUUUGAUGUUAAUCCUAUGGCGUUUGAGAAUAUGUAUAAUCUUAGACUGUUGAAGAUCUAUAGUACACACUCCGAAACUGCUCAAGAACUUCGUCUUACUAAGGAACUUCGCUCUUUGCCUUAUGAGCUCAGGCUACUCCACUGGGAGAAGUAUCCGUUGCAAUCGUUGCCUCAAGAUUUUGACACUCGGCACCUUGUUGAACUCAAUAUGCCUUAUAGUCAGCUUCAAAGUCUCUGUGUUGGAACUAAGGUAAAGGUUACAUUCCGAGAGAACCGCAAAUUGUUUUUUUUUUUAGUUAAGCUAUUUAUGUGCUUUGUUUUGUUUUGCAGAGCCUAGCCAAAUUAAAGAUGAUAAAUCUUAGCCACUCUCAGAAACUACUUGAAGUUGACGAACUCGCGAAAGCGUGUAAUCUUGAGAAAAUAGAUCUUCAAGGUUGUACAAGCUUGAAGAGCAUCCCACACACGGAUCGGCUAAAGAAUCUUCAAUUUCUGAAUCUAUCUGGUUGCACGAGUAUCAAACGUACGGAGGCUAUAAAGAAGAUAAAAGGAAUGAAUCAAGAAGGCUGCUUAAGAGAAACUACAUUUGAAUCAAUGGUGUUCGAAUACUAUGUUAAAGAAUCUUCUUAAGCUUCCGUUCUAGGGAGGGGGGAGGGAAAUGUUAGUGCUAGAAACUCAGAUCAGAUGUUAUUUUGUUUACUUAAUUUUUGUUUUAGUUUUGAAUUUAUUAAGCAACAAAAAAUACUUUUUACAGCCCAGAAAAAAAAACAAAUGCUAAGAAGAAGAUGAGAAGAUGAGCAGCUUAAAGAAGAUGGUAAUAUACUAUUGGAUAUAACUG